UUCUUUAGUAGUCGACUACAAUUUAUUUUUUGUACAUCCACUCACAAAGUGCAGAAAAAAAUUUGCUGGAACCAUGUUUCGUUUUCUCGUGGUGGCCGCGGCACUCUUCGUGUUGAUCGACGGCCAAAAUAUUCAGAGGAUUACAUUGCACAAGACGGAUUCUGUUCGACAAGAAUUGAAGAAAAUUGGUGUCGAUGUACAACAAGUUUUGGCCGAAAAUUUCACUGCAUCGGAAACUUUAACAAAUUAUAUGGACGCGCAGUACUACGGUAUUGUGAGUAUCGGAAAACCGCCGCAGGAAUUUAAAAUAUUAUUUGAUACUGGUUCGUCAAAUCUUUGGGUACCAUCAUCAAAAUGCAGCUUUUUUAAUUUAGCUUGUCGCACACAUAAUAAAUACGAUAGUAAGAAAUCCAGCACAUAUCAAGCAAAUGGUACUCCGUUUGCUAUUCGAUAUGGCACUGGUAGUUUGACUGGAUUUUUGUCUACUGAUACAGUAAAUGUUGCCGGUCUCACAGUUGUAAAUCAAACAUUCGGGGAAGGGAUCACUCAGCCGGGCGUAACGUUUCUUUUUGCAAAGUUUGACGGUAUCUUGGGUAUGGGCUAUCCCGAGAUAGCCGUCGAUGGAGUGGAGCCUGUCUUCAACAAAAUGAUAGACCAAAAGCUAGUGGCAGAACCUGUUUUCAGUUUCUAUCUGAAUCGAGACCCUAAAGCCGAGAAAGGUGGUGAAUUGAUAUUGGGUGGUGUUGAUUCCACUUAUUACACCGGUGAGCUCACUUACGUUCCUAUUAGUAAAAAAGGAUAUUGGCAAUUUACUAUGGAUGGGGUUAAUGUAAAUGGUGAGCACUUGUGCAAAAAUGGUUGCGAAGCUAUUGCUGAUACGGGUACCUCACUAAUAGUUGGACCAAAAUCGGAAAUCGACAAAAUUAACAAAUACAUUGGAGCUAAUAGGAGAGGAAUUGUGAACUGCGAUCAGAUAUCUAAGUUGUCUCCAAUUGAAUUUAUUCUGAACAAUAAAACGCUCCCACUUCAACCUAAAGAUUAUAUUCUUCAAAUUCAAGAAAAUGGUGCCACCACAUGUAUGAGCGGCUUCUCAUCUCUCUUAGGAUCCGAUUUAUGGAUUUUGGGCGAUGUAUUUAUUGGUCCUUAUUAUACUGUGUUUGAUUUUGGAAACAACCAAGUGGGAUUUGCUCCAUCAUUGACUACAAUUUUAUUCUUUGUACGUCCACUCACAAGGUAUAGAAAAAAAGACGCUGGAAACAUGUUUCGUUUUCUCGCAGUAGCCGCGGCACUCUUUGUGCUGAUCGACGGGCAAUCACAAAUCCAGAGGAUUAAGUUGCACAAGACAGAUUCUGUUCGAAAAAUUUUAAAGAGAGAAGGUAUCAACUUGCAACAAGUUUUGGCCAAAAAUAGUACUUCAACGGAACAUUUAACUAAUUAUCUAGAUGCACAGUACUAUGGUGAAAUCGGUAUCGGAACUCCACCGCAAACCUUUACAGUAAUAUUUGAUACUGGUUCCUCAAAUCUUUGGGUACCAUCAGUACACUGCGACCUUCUUAAUUUUGCUUGCUUAUUACAUAAUAAAUAUGAUAGUGCCAAAUCUAAAACAUAUGAAGCAAAUGGUAAACCCUUUGCUAUUCAGUAUGGCACUGGCAGUCUGACUGGAUUCUUAUCUACUGAUGUAGUAACUGUUGCCGGUCUCACAGUUCAAAAUCAAACAUUCGCAGAAGCGGUCAAAGAGCCGGGCUUAACGUUUGUUUUUGCAAAGUUUGACGGUAUCUUGGGUAUGGGAUAUGACACGAUAUCCGUCGAUGGAGUGACGCCUGUUUUCGACAAUAUGGUCCAACAAGGCCUAGUGCCAGAACCUGUUUUCAGCUUCUAUCUAAAUCGAAACUCUUCAUCUAAAGAUGGUGGUGAAUUGACAUUGGGUGGUAUCGAUCACAAUCGUUACGACGGUGAGCUCUUAUACGUUCCUGUUUCUAAAAAAGGAUAUUGGCAAUUUAACCUGGAUAAUAUCACAAUAGGAGAUAAUGUCUUGUCCUCGCAUGGCCAAGCUAUCGCUGACACGGGUACCUCAUUAAUAGUUGGACCAGCAGCAGAUGUCAACCUUAUUAACGGAGUGAUUGGAGCCGAUAGUAGUGGAAACGUGGAUUGUAGUACGCUUAAGGAUUUGCCUGUAAUCAAUAUUAAUAUUGGUGGUAAAUCAUUUGAGCUUACCCCUCACGAUUAUACUAUUCAAGAUGAAGAAGACGGCGAUGCGACAUGUAUAAGCGGCUUCCAGGAAUCUGAGUCACCGCUAUGGAUUUUGGGAGAUGUAUUUCUUGGUCCUUAUUAUACCGUGUUUGAUCUAGGAAAUAAUCAAGUGGGAUUUGCUCCAUCGAAAUAAAUGUCGAUUGUCUUGGAGUUAUACCGUUAGAUAUAAAUGACAAUCUCGCAAAUACAAAAAAAAUAUCUUUUAUAACGUUUGAUGCAUAAUAUUUAAUUAUAACUAUCCAUGCGGUGUGCUGUUGUAAACGAAUAUUUUUGUUACAUUCAAAAAUUAAUGAAAAAAGCAAAGGUAUAUGCGGUAUCUUCCAUCAAUAUAAUUUGAUAUAUCUAUUAUAUAUAUUGUCCAAAUAUUAUGAAAUCUAUUAAAAUAAAAUAAUCUUUUUAUGUGCAA